AUGAAUACCCAGACUCCAAACGACCUGCGGAGCCCUCAACUUCUUCGACGACCGUCCCUGAGCUCCAGGCUCUCCUUCGCAGUAUCCCAUGCCGAGCAAGGCGAGUCGGUUGUCGAUGCGCCGCCAGCCGAGGCGCAGAUUGAGGAUGAAAUUGCCGAAAUCAAACGAUAUGAGGACUUUUCCACAAUAGACUGGGUCCAGGACUCGGCGCGCGAACAAGCGAGGCGCAUAGCACGAAGGCGACGGACCGAAGGCGUAUACAACCAUGGCAAGCCUGGCUGGAGGUAUCGCCUGUGGGAGGCCUACGAAUCGGCGCAGGGGUGGAUAGUCGUUACCCUUGUCGGGAUUGCGAUUGGUUUCAACGCGGCUCUCCUGAGUAUCGUCACCGAAUGGCUCUCCGACAUCAAGACGGGCCACUGUAGCACGGGGUUCUACCUCAACGAGAGCUUCUGCUGCUGGGGCGAGGACAGCGGCUGCGAUGAGUGGAAGUAUUGGACGGGCUUGGAGCCCUUUGACUAUUUCAUCUACAUCAUAUUUGCCACCCUUUUCGCACUGGUGGCGGCAACACUCGUCAAAUUCUACGCGCCCUACGCGGCGGGCUCGGGCAUCUCAGAAAUCAAAUGCAUCAUCGCCGGGUUCGUCAUGAAAGGGUUCCUCGGCUUCUGGACCCUCAUCAUCAAAUCCAUCGCCUUGCCUCUGACCAUCGCAUCAGGCCUGUCGGUCGGCAAGGAGGGUCCGAGUGUACACUACGCCGUGUGCACGGGCAAUGUCAUCUCGAGGCUCUUCGACAAGUACAGGCGCAAUGCGUCCAAGACCCGCGAGAUCCUCAGUGCAAGCGCUGCGGCCGGCGUGGCCGUCGCUUUCGGCAGUCCGAUUGGUGGUGUCCUGUUCUCUCUGGAAGAAAUGUCCAACUACUUCCCGCUCAAGACCUUGUGGCGAAGCUACUUUUGCGCCCUUGUCGCCACGGCCGUGCUGGCUGCGAUGAACCCCUUUCGGACGGGCCAGUUGGUCAUGUUUCAGGUCUCGUAUGAUCGCGAGUGGCAUUUCUUCGAAGUCGUCUUCUACAUCAUCUUGGGUAUCUUUGGGGGCGUCUACGGUGCGUUCGUCAUGAAGUGGAAUUUGCGGGUGCAAUCCUUCCGCAAGAAGUACUUGACAAAGUAUGCGAUCGUUGAAGCUACGUUGCUAGCUGUUGCGACGGCCAUACUCGCGUACCCCAAUGCCUUUCUCCGUAUCGACAUGACGGAGAGCAUGGAGAUCCUCUUCCUCGAGUGUGAAGGAGGCGAGGAUUAUAAUCAACUGUGCGAACGUGAGCACAGAUGGGGCAACGUGGUGUCGCUCAUCACGGCCACACUUUUGCGCACCUUUCUGGUCAUCAUCUCGUAUGGCUGCAAGGUGCCUGCAGGUAUCUUCGUGCCGUCCAUGGCGAUUGGGGCCUCGUUUGGGCGCACUGUGGGCAUCAUCGUGCAAGCUCUGCAGGAGGCCAAUCCAGGAAGCGGCUUCUUUGCAGCUUGUAAGCCUGAUGAACCCUGCAUCACGCCUGGCACGUAUGCGUUCCUGGGCGCUGCGGCUGCGCUGAGUGGCAUGAUGCACAUCACCGUUUCUGUGGUGGUUAUCAUGUUUGAGCUGACAGGCGCGCUGACAUACAUCUUGCCCACUAUGAUUGUUGUCGGUGUGACGAAGAUUGUUGGUGAAAUGUUUGGAAAAGGAGGCAUCGCCGACCGCAUGAUCUGGUUUAGCGGCAUGCCCUUCUUGGACAACAAGGAAGAGCACAACUUUGGUGUUCCCGUUUCCAAAGUCAUGCAGACUUCGAUCGUCUCGAUACCAGUUACCGGACUUUGUCUCAACGAGGUGGAGCAGUUGCUGGCUGACGGCAAGUAUCAGGGCUUUCCCAUUGUCGAAGACAAGGACAGCAAGAUCCUGGUGGGAUACAUUGGCAGCACGGAGCUGCGGUAUGCGAUUGAUCGUGUCCGUCGUGAACGGCAUCCCGGCUCGACGGCCAAGUGCAUCUUUGCCCCUCCCCCGACAGCCCAUUCCCAGACAUCCAUGCAUCCGACGGUCAUGGUGAGCACGGACUCUGGAGCUUCCACAUCGCUUGAUUUCAGUCGAUACGUUGACGCCACGCCGGUCACGGCACACCCUCGCCUGCCCCUAGAGACAGUCAUGGAGCUCUUCCGGAAGAUUGGCCCUCGCGUCAUCCUCAUUGAAUACCAUGGCAAGCUUACGGGGCUUGUUACUGUGAAGGACUGUCUCAAGUAUCAGUUCAAGGUGGAGGCUGCCGAGAACCCCCGGGAUGACCACCGCAUCAACGAGGGUCAAGAGCAGUUGUGGAACCUCAUGCGCCGCACGAGCAAUUGGGUCUCGAUCAAGGUGUCGAGGCUCACGGGAGGCAGGAUACGACUUCACGAGCAGUCCGACCGACCAUCCUCGCGGCCGGCACUUCAACGAGGAGGGUCGAUCUUGGAGGGCACGGAAGAUAGCGUCGAUGCAGGUGUCGAAUUAGAGAGCCGAAGGUGA